CCCUGUUUUAAUAAGAGAUACCUGGGUGUUGUUGAUUCAAACUAAACCUUACGACUAAUAUUUAUAUCUGCUACUGACCUACUCAAACGGCCAACCAUAUCGAACUACCGACACAUAUUUUGUAGUGCUCGUUUCAUCUGUUUUUUUACACAAGUGAUACAUUUUAAAGCCCAACAUCGAUCUUCCGUACUAUACAACACUAUACAUAUUUAUACACGCAAUCAAGUCGAAACACAGGAAAUCCCUGGACACAGUAAAGAGAGUAGCAGAAAAUAUUUCCCGCAAUGAUUCGUGGAGUUUCGUCGCGUCUCCUCACCCAGCAACUGAGCAAUGCCACCAAUAAUGCAGCGAAAAGCUCCUGGAGCAAGAAGCAAUGUGUUCAACUGUUAAGUACAAAAAGUCAGUUUAAAUAUUUAGAAGAAUCUGUCUUCCCCCCGGAGAAUGGUUUCGAACAGAAUUCGCUGUACGGAAAAUCCCUGCAAGUGCCCCACACAACCCUGGAUCAGUAUGUGUGGGACAACUUUGGCCAGUGGGCGAACAAGACUGCAGUGGUUUGCGGAGUGACCGGGCGCAACUACACCUACGGCAAACUGAGGGAUCACUGUGCGGCCCUAGCUAUCCGGCUGCAGCAACAGUGCAAGCUCCAGUUUGGGGACGUUCUUGCCAUCUGUCUGCCGAAUGUUCCCGAAUUUCCGACCGCAGCCUUUGGGGCGAUUGAAGCCGGACUCACCGUGACAACAAUCAAUCCAAUCUACACUGCCGAGGAAAUCAGUCGCCAGCUGGUGGACAGCAACACCAAGAUUCUGUUCGGAACGGUAGCUAAUUUCCCAGUAUUGCAAGAAGCUAUCAACCUGGCCAAAAAGCAGAUUCCCAUCGUCUGCAUUCGCACGAGCAACGACGAAAGCAUUCCGACUGGCGCAAUCGACUUUGCAGAGCUCUCGAAUCCUACAGGUGUCCAUUUCAGUAACUUGAAAAGGCACGAAACCAACCCGGAGGAUGUGGUGUUUCUUCCAUACUCGUCCGGAACGACUGGUCUCCCGAAGGGCGUGGAGCUAACACACACUAACAUUGUGGCCAACAGUGAAAUGUUGGCUGUCAAUACUGGCCUCGAACCCUUAAUUCGACCAACGACAGAUACGUUCCAGGAUGUGCUCCCUUGUGUGUUACCGUUCUUCCACAUCUACGGCCUAACGGUGACCAUGGUGUCCAAGCUGCAACAAGGCUGUAAGCUUGUCACACUUCCCGGCUUCCGCCCGGAUACUUUUUUGAACUCGUUGACGGAACACAAGGGCUCGGUUCUGCAUUUGGUACCACCGAUUGUUCUGUUUCUCAGUCACCAUGAUAUGGUUCAGCCCGCGCAUUUAGUUUCCCUGAGGAACAUAUUCUCCGGAGCGGCUCCUUUGGGAGCUCAUGAUGCUGAACGGUUGGUUGCCAAAGCACCGCAAGUGAACUUCGCCCAGGGUUACGGACUGACCGAAACAGCACCCGUAGUCCUGUGCGGAUCGUUGGGUAGCAGUAACUAUGCCUCGGUCGGUUCUCCACCACCGCGGACUCAGGCCAAAAUUGUCGAUGUGAACGACCCCACAAACACUGCUCUUGGACCCAAUCAAAACGGUGAACUGUUGGUUAGAGGACCACAAAUAAUGAAGGGCUAUCACAACAACAAAAAAGCUACUGAUGACAUUAUGACCGAGGGUGGAUGGUUGCGCACCGGAGAUGUUGCACAUUAUGAUGAAAACUUCCAGUUCUACAUCACCGAUCGACUGAAGGAGCUCAUCAAGGUCAAAGGCUUCCAGGUGGCUCCGGCCGAACUCGAGGAAAUCCUGCGUGAUCACCCGGAAGUUGAAGAUGCCGCUGUAGUGGGCCAGCCGCAUCCCAUCUCUGGCGAAGUACCGCGAGCUUUCGUCGUAGUUAAGAAAAGCUCCAAAACAACCGAAGAUGAUCUGAAGCAAUUCGUUGCUAGCAAAGUGGCUGUGUAUAAAAAGCUUGAAGGUGGAGUGACCUUCAUCGACAGUAUUCCCAAAAAUCCCUCGGGUAAAAUACUGCGACGAGUUCUGCGGGAUGAAUACUGCUCUUGAAUAGAAGGUCGAUAUUAAUUUAACACUCAAAAAUAAAAAUGAACAUCAUUCCUUUAAGCUCUGAUGAUUUGUCCUAUCGAUAAGCCCCUAGGCAGUAAAAGAUUGUUGGAACGAAAAUGCCAGGUGCAAUCGGGCUCAAAAUAAUUUGUUUAGAUUUCUUUACUGAUGUUUUUUUCUACAGAACCAGUUAUCAUUUUUUUAAAGAUACUAAUUGAAAACAGUUAUCCACUCUUCGACCUUCUUUUUACUACAAAUGAAACGUUCGAAAGUAGCACAUAGCAGUUUAUAUACAAUUUGUAGUGCUUGCUUUUGGGUCCUAAAACGCUGAAUUGCAAUGUGAAAGUACAAAGUUGAACUCAGCAGUACAUAACUCAUUUAUUUAUUCCUGCAACUUCUUCUAAAUUAACAUCUACAACAAAGAAUACUACUGUGAAGCAUUACAAAGUGUUUAUAAAUUGUCAGUUUUGUUAAAUAUUCAAGAUAUUUUUCUAAGUAGCUUUAGAAGAUUAAGAUUCGUUACAAGAUGAUCUGAGUUUAGGAACAUGGCUCCCGAAAACAUGUAUUGAACUUGUAACGAACUGUAUCAAAAUCAAUCCUAGCAAGUAUCCUAGCAUUUGUGAAUCAAGGUUGAGAGCUUUUGUUUUGUCAAAUCGAACAUGUAAUAUCAAAAGUAAUACUUUCUGUUCCGAAUCGUAAUUUCAUGUAUUUAAUAUUUGAUAAGUUCACUGAAAAUUAGUGGUUUAGUUGGUAAAUAAUUACUGCUCGUGAUUUUUUGGAAACGAAAUAGCAAAAAAACUACUUAUUAAAAAGAUAUUAUAAAGAACCAGUUGUACUUUCAGUAGCGCAAACAGAAAAUAAACUUUUUUAUGAUCGAAAUUGAAA